AUGAGAUAUGGUCACUAUGAGUAUUUUAUGGUGUCGUUUGGCGUGGCCAAUGCGCCAGGUGUGUUUAUGCAAUAUAUGAAUAGGACUUUUCGUCAGUAUUUGGAUACGUUCGUGGUGGUAUUCAUUAACGACAUUCUAAUUUAUUCGAAGACUGAUGAAGAGUAUGUUGGGCAUCUGAGGAUUGUGUUAGAGUUAUUGAAAGAGAAACAAGUAUAUGCUAAGCUAUCUAAGUGCGAGUUUUGGUUAAGAGGAGUGAGUUUUCUUGGCCACGUAACUUUUAAUGGUGGUAUUGGGUUUGAUCCUUCGAAGGGUGAUAAUGUGUUACAAUGGGAGACUUCAAAGUUUUCUACAGAGAUUAGAAGAUUCCUUGGGUUAUCUGGUUAUUGUCGUAGAUUCAUAGAAGGUUUUUCAAAGUUGGCAAUUUCUUUGACUCAGUUAGCUCGAAAGGGUCAAGCGUAUGUGUGGGAUGUUGCUUGUGAAGUGAGUUUUAUAGAAAUUAAGAAAAAGUUAAUGACUGUUGUAACUUUGAUUCUUCCAAGUAGAACCAAACCUUUUGUUGUGUAUUGUGAUGCUUCCAAGAUGGGUCAAGGUGGUGCAUUGAUGCAUAAUGGAUAA